AUGAUGCGACCCAAAGAUUUACGGCAGGGUUCUGGCACUAAGACCUUCCUCGAUGCCAUGCACGGUGGCAAAGUUCACCUUGCGCGCUUCAUUCUGGAUGCCCUGGACGGACGAAUCAUCAACUCAAAGACAGAGAACAGCCGCACGCCACUAAUUUAUGCCGUGUGUCUACAGGAAGCUGGGACGAGAGGCAAGUUCGCCAGGCUCCUACUGGAGAAAGGCGCCGAUGUCAACUGCCAGGACGAAGAGGGUCGCACAGCUCUGAGUCACGCCUGUGAGUUGGGUAACUUAGACGUGGUCAAGAUUCUAGUGCAGUUUAAUGCCGAUCCAGACAUCUGUGAUGUUUGGGGAAACAGUGCUCUCAUGUACGCUGCUUUUUCCGGGCACAGUCAGGUGCUUGAGUUUCUGGUCCGGGCUUUCAAAAGACUAGGGCUGAGACUGGACAGAACGAAUAAUGCCGGACAUACAGCCAUCGAGGUGGCCGACUUCUUUGGGCACAACCAGUGUGUGCAAAUUCUAAACUUGCAGUACAGACGGAGUGUGGGUGCUGACGAUUGGCUUGCUGAUCCAGGAAACGUUGGAGAUGGAGAGUUACCCAACAGACUCCCCAGGCAUGUCCUGGAAAAGUUUUCUAAACAGAUGAGCAGCAAAGAAGAGCAACUACCAGAGGUGUUUCAGAAGGAGAUGAAGAUCCAGGAAGGCAACAGACUGUGGAACCGCUUCACUUGUCCCAGUAAGCAGAGCCAAGAACCGCACCAUCGCCAUAAGAAGUCUCUGCCGACUCAAAAAAGCCAAAAUGAGGGGCACCAGAGUAGUUUCUUCACAACCAAACAACUCCAAAACUGCCAACUUCAUGAUCCAAGAGGGACUAGGACACCCAACUCGUCAAUUGAGACGACGGCAAAAGAACUCACAGAAGAAACUGGAGCCCAAGAGAAGGCAUCACAAAGGUUUCCCCCCUGUGGCAAAGCAAAGUCUUUCAACCAGGAGCUUUUGAGCAUCAGAAAGCAAUCUUACCAAGGAGAUGUGCAGGAUUUGAGUCUGUCUGCCAGCAAAUUUAAAAGAGCCUCUCUGCAGGAUGACCGAUGUCUCCUGGACAAGAUGGAAUGUCAGGGGAACCCCCGGGUCCUGACCAAUGAUGCUGAGAAAACAGUCUCGGUUCCAAAAGCUCCACUCGCUAUCAAGACUCAGAUGGUGAAAGGCGCUGAGGAGAAGCCAAGGACACACGAGCUGCAGAAGAGGGGAAGUUUUGCCCACAGCAGCAGACACAACAAAAUGCUAUUCGGCCAAGGGGAGACGCCAGCGGGGAAGACGCCCGGCCGCGGCCCUGGCUUCAUGGGCCUCGGAACGAGACUGCUCCGUCGAUUCACCGCACCCGAGUUCAUGAGGAUGGUUAUAGACUGUUCCUCGGGCUCCUCAAACGGCAGAGGCCGGAUGUCACGCUCCGAGACCUUCCCGUUCUCCCACACGCACCAGCAGGUCAACAGUCAGCCCAGCGUGGAUAGCAUCAGUGGAGUCAAAUGUGAGUUUGAAAGCACAUCGUCUCAGUCGGCCCUCGACUAGGAGGCUGGAAAGGAGUUCAAACGACGGGAAUGA